AACUGAUCCAGCCAGCAGAACGACACCGAGCAAGGCAGAGAAACACAGAUAACAGACAGAAACCGACGGGGACAUUCUGAUAAAUCCGUCUUCAUCCUUUGCAAAUAAUGACAGGAUGUGUUUUAAAAUAGCAAGAGCAUAAGGUUGACAACGAAACCUAUCCAACAAGCCCCGUAUUGUGGUUGUACGAAAUUCGGAAUGUUUUAAAACGACUGGUGAAAACUGGAGAAUCGCUGGCAGUAUUAGCAAGCUAGCACCUAUUAUAAGGGGAUACUUCAAGACUGGUUGGAGGAGAGACAUUGAAUAGGCGUUUUUUAUUCUGUGUGAAUUUGGAAACACAGGGAAAGAGAGCAAAUAAGUCAUAUUUCUUUUUGUACAAGAGCUAGCUACAUUGCUAGCUUUUAAGUUUCGCCAGAAUGGAAUUGCGAGUGGGAAACCGAUACAGACUUGGUCGGAAAAUCGGAAGUGGAUCAUUUGGAGACAUCUAUUUGGGCACUGACAUUUCUGUGGGCGAGGAGGUGGCCAUCAAGCUGGAAUGUGUGAAGACGAAGCACCCUCAGCUCCACAUAGAGAGCAAGAUCUACAAGAUGAUGCAGGGAGGAGUUGGCAUCCCGACCAUCAAGUGGUGCGGUGCGGAGGGCGACUACAACGUGAUGGUGAUGGAGCUGCUGGGCCCUAGCCUGGAGGACCUCUUCAACUUCUGCUCCCGCAAGUUCAGCCUGAAGACCGUGCUGCUGCUGGCAGACCAGAUGAUCAGCCGCAUCGAGUACAUCCACUCCAAGAACUUCAUCCACAGAGACGUGAAACCCGACAACUUCCUGAUGGGCCUGGGCAAGAAGGGCAACCUGGUCUACAUCAUCGACUUCGGCCUGGCCAAGAAGUACCGCGACGCCCGCACCCACCAGCACAUUCCCUACCGCGAGAACAAGAACCUCACCGGCACCGCCCGCUACGCCUCCAUCAACACCCACCUGGGCAUCGAGCAGUCCCGGCGUGAUGACCUGGAGUCUCUAGGCUACGUGCUGAUGUACUUCAACCUGGGCUCUCUGCCCUGGCAGGGCCUGAAGGCUGCCACCAAGAGGCAGAAGUACGAGCGCAUCAGCGAGAAGAAGAUGUCCACGCCCAUCGAAGUCCUCUGCAAAGGAUACCCCUCGGAGUUCGCCACGUACCUUAACUUCUGCCGCUCGUUGCGCUUCGACGACAAGCCCGACUACUCGUACCUGAGACAGCUCUUCAGAAACCUCUUCCACAGACAAGGCUUCUCUUACGACUACGUGUUCGACUGGAACAUGCUCAAGUUUGGAGCGAACCGUGCGGCGGAGGACGCUGAGCGCGAGAGGAGGGAUCGUGAGGACCGGCUGAGGCACGGCAGGAACCCGGCGGCCCGCGGCAUGCCCUCCGCCUCGGGAAGACCCCGCGCCACACAGGACGUGCCACCCCCCACGCCACUCACACCCACCUCACACACAGGCAUGGAGCGAGAGAGGAAGGUUAGCAUGAGACUGCACCGCGGCGCUCCCGUCAACAUCUCGUCCUCGGACCUGACAGGACGACAGGACACGUCGCGCAUGUCCACCUCACAGGCUCUGUCACGCGUGACUCCCAGCGGACUGCAGUCGGCAGUACCUCGAUGAGACGCAGCCCUGCAUCCCUGUCUGCGUUUCCCUGCGUCCCACUUUUCUCCCCUGACCCUGAAACAACACCACCCCUCCCAGUCCCCCUUUACAACGUGACCGCGAGGGGGACACCACCAAGCCCCAACCUGAUGGGGCCCCACCACCACCUCCACCAACACCUUGACCAGACCAGGACCUCCGGCCAGCCACGCCACGCCAGGCUUGCGGUUGCGGAGAAAAGAGUAACAGCAACAAAAGAAAAAGCAAAAAAGAGAAAAAGAAGAAAAAAAGGACACACACAAAAAAGAAAAACAACACAACAGAAACAAACAAACUUGCAUACACACAAAGACAAAACCAUGGAUCUACAACCCCAGCCUGUCGGGAGCCAGAGACCUUUGAGUCUCUCUCUUUCUCUCUGUCUCUAUGUCUCUCUAUCACGGUCUCUCUCUCUCUCUCUCUCUCUCUCUCUCUCUCUCUCUCUCUCUCUCUCUUUAUCUCUCUCUCUCAGACACACGCUCACGUUUUCUUCCGAAUGCCAUGCGUCUUGCUAGCCCCCUUUCGGUGGGCAAACAUGGAACAAGACUUGUGCACACACACACACACACACACACGGGCACAUGUACAUGGACACAUCUCUCUCACACACACAGACACACACAAACAAACACACACACACACUAACGCACACAUACAUACACUGAAUCCCGUGCACAUUUGUGUGUUUGCUCCACUGCUCUUGGCCUGAGCGUCACCCCAUCAUGUAGAGGGGGUGGAUGUCUGGUGGCCGACGUGACGUAGCCUUUGCCAACCCCGGCAUACAUACUCAAAGACAAGGCUCCCCAACCUCCAUCAGUCGGGCACACGUCACCCCCACGCACACACACACACACGCACACAAACACCACACACACACCUCACCUUUCUCCUUGACCUCACGUUUUCCCUCAGACAUAGAGUGGCAUCACUCCAGAGAUACUCUGACUCCCUCCAACCAUCCCCCACCUCUCCACCCCGCGUGUCCCCCUGCCCUGCUCCUCGUCUUACGGGGUGGAUGGAAGCUGACUGACGGCUCCCCCAGUGGUCUCGAAGAGCGUGGACCGCGGCUGUGUUGUAACAAUGGCAUUUUUUUCCAAAACACAGAUCUUUUCCCUAACUAAACUGCUCCAUGUUGUAUCAAAUGGAAACGAAACAAAAAAAAAAUAUCAAAGCAGUUUCUUACCUGCCUGCUGGCGCGGUCUGCUCGGAUUAAAAGCCCCCCUCGCUCUCUCUCUCUCUCUCUGUGUUUGGGGGGAGGUGGAGUCACUUUUUCAGGCUUAUGAGUGACACAAAGCCUUGUGUCUCGACGUGAUGAUUUGUUUGUUUGUUUUUUCUUUUUGUGUUGUCAUGGAAUGGUGAACUCCAUGCCUGGAGACUUGUCUGUAGUCCAUGCAGCGCCAGUAAGAUGUGUGUAGGCAAGAGGGGGAGAGUUUCAAAAAAAAAGGGGGGGAUGUGAACGCCAUAGAACCCCAAAAAAUCCCCUUAUGCCACUACUCAUUCCUGCAGUGGAUCCUUAAGCAAAACCUGCAGAAAUGCUUUUUCUUUUUGUUUGUUUUUGGUUUGUUUGUUUGUUUGUUUUUCAAUGUAAAGAGGGAGGGAAAGCUGCGUAAAAUGCUACCGUUUCCCCUUUUUGAACAGUCAGCUGUUAUGUACUCCCACCUCCUGUGUGUGUGAGUGCGAGUGCGAGUGUGUGUUAUUGAGUGUGUGUGUAUGUGUUAAGGCUCUCCCUGUUGUUUGCGGCUAACUGUCCUUUCGCUCCUGGGUGGUGACCACUUCCCCCAUGAGGCUUCUCUUUACGUUUUUAAACGCCGUUGGAAAGCUGUGAAACGCCUGCAAUUGUAGAGAUGUCAAAAUGUUCACGUUGUUUGCUCGCUCUUUUGGUUCACCCCCUUGUUUUUAAUGGUGAGUUUUAAUCCCCCUCUGUCCCGGUCCCUGUGGAAGACUUCAGGUGGUCCUGGUGGGCUGGAGGGGAAGGGUGGGGUACGAAGAGGAGAGGAGAGGGGAGCCUGCCUGUUGGGAGUGCACUCCCCUCCCCUCCCUUGAUCAUCAUCACCCCCCGUCCCGGAUGCUCAGCAGCACCUCAGCUAGGCCUGAAGUCACCUUAUCCCCAAGGGCUCGCUCUCUCUCUCUCUCUCUCUCUCUCUCUCUCUCUCUCUCUCUCUCUCUCUGUCUCUCUCUCUCUCUCUCUCUCUCUCUCUCUCUCUCUCUCUCUCUCUCUCUCUCUCUCUCUCUCUCUCUCUCUCUCUCUUCCUCUUUAUCUCCCUCUCUCUGGUCGGUCUGUCUCUGCUUGUUCUUGCUCUCUGACUGUUUUUUCUCAUCAUCUAAUUUUAUAUGUCUGUUUGUCCAGUUCUAUCUCUCUCUCUCUCUCCUCUCUCAGCUCUUCAUUCCUCUCUCCCUCUCUCCUGCUUGCCUGAGACCUUGAGGGGAUGUGUCUGCUUGUGUGCGUGCGUGCGUGGUGAUGAGUGCCAGCCAUCGGCUCUCAUUUCAAAAGCCAUGUCUAUUUUGGAAUCAGCCUCCUUUUCUUCCGGACGAAGAGAGAGAGAGAGGGACGGGAGGGAGGGGGAUGACUUUUUAUUAUAUUUCAUCUUGAAGCCUAUAUUUUAAAAAACGACAUUUGGACUUAUUUUUUGGGGUUAUUUGGGGGGCAUGGAUAUUCUUUUUUUGUUUUAUUUUUGUUUGUUUUUAUUUGUAAAGCAUAAUCAAUUUAUUACACUCGCUUUAGUUCUUUUUUUUUUUUUUCUAAAUCUGUAGCUCCAGGGCUUCCCUGUGCUCGAGUCCAUGAGGAGCAAAGACGGCUGAUAUUGUUUUGCAGCAUCAUAUCACUCGGCCUAAUAGAGCAUUAGUCUUUUUUCUUGUAGUCUGUUGGGGCGGGUUUUUCGGGGCGAUGGGAUGGGAUGGGAUGGGACGGCGGACAGGGGGGUGGGGUGGUUUAGUGGUGAAUGAAAAAGAAAACCUUUCAGUUCUGUUGUGGUGUAUAUAGGAUGUUUCUAGUGAUGGCGAAGCUCCAUUUUGACAUAGCCUCUGUCUGUCUCUGUAGUGCGAGGGUGCUGAGGAAAAGGGUUAGUGCUUAGCUGGGGGCGAUGUGUGAACUAGCUCUUCUCACUUCUGGUGGUCUUGAAAAAAAAAAAAGCCAAAAAAAAGAAAAAAAACUUUGCAAACAUACAAAAUUGCUCACAGACUCAAUUUUGGGGUUGAUCCCUUACUUGGUGGUAGUAACACUCAAGAGUGAUGAAACAAAAAUGAGCAAAACGUAAAAAAAAGAAAACGUAAUAAAAAAAAGACACGAGUACACUUUGUUUGGGAUCAACCGACUGUCUUUUGUUUUAUUUUUUUCUUUUAUUCUGUUAUUGGAUUUAAUGUUUUCCUGACCUGGUUUCAUUCGGUCUGUGACUGCAGAGGCGGUCACGGCAUCAUGCCACACGUCACAUCACACUGUGCUAUCAAACUCUCCAAUGGAAUUAUGGGAAAUCUUCUUGCCCUGUAAGAUUUUUCUCCUCAUUUGUAUUGCCACUGUAUUUGUGUAUUUUAAAUUGUGUAAAUAAAUUAAUAAGUACUUGUACACAA